AUGAGUAAAGUGAAGCCGAUUUCUCACCUCAUCCGCGAUGAGGAGUUACAGAAGGUCUUAACUGGCGAUCAUCUGAAAACUGGCAGUUACAUAAAUAUGGCCGAUGACCCCGGCCAGUCACCUUCAUCUCACGCAGCCAUUGAAAGUGUUUUACAGUCAAAAUUAACUUUGUACAUGGCAUCAAAGGAAUUCAACGUGCCGUGGAGUACAUUAAAGGCCAAUGUUGAACGAGUUAAAGAAGAACGCAAGCAGGGAAUAACACAGAUUAGGAUGCUCAAAGUAGGUAGACCAUUUUCUUUGUCAGCGAAUUUAGAACAAAGCUUACUGUCAUACAUUAUACAAAUGCAAGAGCUUGGAUUUGGCCUUACUGUAAACCAGAUAAGACAAAUAGCCUUUUCACUUGCUGAGACAGCUGAAUGUAAGCAUUACUUCAACAAAAGCAAAAGAUGUGCUGGAUGGAAUUGGUGGGUUAGUUUUAAAGGUCGUUACGGUUUAAGUUUAAGGAUUCCGGAAAAUCUUUCAUCCGGUCGUGCUAUUUGCUCAAAUCCCACAAUAUUAGCUGAUUUUUAUGAAAAAUUAGAGGCAACUUUAGUUAAUCAUAACUUGUUGGAUUGCCCAGAUAGAAUAUGGAACUGUGACGAAACGGGUCUUAUGUACGUCAACAAACCUACUAAAAUUGUCACCAAAAUAGGAAAAAAAUACGUAUAUAAUCGAACAUAUGCUGAGAAAGGCACUACAACUACAGUGCUAGCUUGCAUUAAUGCAGCUGGGCAUUUCAUUCCCCCUUUGGUGAUAUUUAAAGGGAUAAUAUUAUUUACUAUGCCUGCUCACACAAGCCACAUUUUGCAACCACUGGAUGUUGGAGUUUUUCGACCACUUAAAGCGGCAUGGAGAGCAGAGUUGCAAAAUUAUAAAGUAAACAAUCCCACCUCAGUACCUACAAGAUUUGAUUUUCACAAAUUCCUGACACCGGUUUAUGUACAAUGUUUUACGCCUACCAAUAUACGAGCAGGAUUUAGAAAAGCUGGAAUAUAUCCAAUAAAUAAAAAUGCUGUAUGUUCAGAAGCUAUUGCACCUUCAAUAUUAUCAGAUCAACCUGUUCCUACAUCACAGUUCUCUAUGGAAGAAAUAAUUAUCGGUCAAGACUACGAUGUUGAUAUUCCUCAAGCCGAAAUAAUAAAAACUAAUUAUGAUCCCCUUAGUGAAGGAGCAAUCAACGAGAAAGACGCUAGCAAACCUUCAAUCCCAAGCAUUAGUUCUAUUGGCGAGGCACAAAUUGAAAAUAGUGCUCCUUCUGAGACUUUGCAAAUGGAAUGCGAGUUAGAACAAGUUCCGAACUCAAUGUAUAAUAUAAAUACUGUAACAAAUAAUAUAACCAUUGACGAUAUACCGAGACCUAUUCUUCAAAAUAAAAAUAAAAUUGAGAUACACGACAUAUUAAUAUUACCAAAAUGGAAACCUAAUAUAAAAACACGACAAAAGAGAAAUGUUCCCAAAGCUCAGUGCUUAACACCGGUCGCCACAACAUCAUCUACAAACGUAUCUUUAAGACAUGUCCGCCGAACAACUUUUAAAAAAGAAGAUCAAAAAGUGAAAGAUCGGCGAACACCACAACCAAACUUAAGAAAACAAGUAAAAGAAAACGUCAAACAAACUUCUCAACCAUUAAAUAGAUUAAAAUCUUCAAUCUCGGAUGAUGAAUGGGUUUGCCGAUCUUGCAAUGGGCUGUACUCACAAGAUGUAAAGUUACAAAAUGGAGCCGACUGGAUUACAUGUUCUUUCUGUACUAAUCCUUAUCAUAUCCAUUGCCAAAGUCAAAUUAUAGGUGAUAACCAAGAAGUUUUUAUGUGUGAUAGUUGCAGCAUUGAUGAAUCUAGUGGUGAAGAGUAA